GUCAAAAUCAUAUUCUCUCUUGCUUGAACGACUCGCCGUUUUCGAUGGUUCGUUUCCAUUUCCAUCCGUUUCCUAUUUUUUUAUGCUUCGUAUUCAUUUUUCUAUAAACUUUGGUGUAGAUUAGAGGAAAGAUUACAUGUAGAAAUAUAUGAUGGAAUUGUUGAAGUAAAUUAUUAUCUUAGAAAUAGAAUGGAAGACUGCAAAGCAGACACCGAGCUGCCUAUUAAAAUGGCUCAUUUAGAUAUCAUGGAAGUAGACGAUUCAAGCACGUCGGUUUCACUCGAAAACAAAGAAGCUCCAGAAAUAACACGAGUUUUGAGAAAGAGAAAGUCUUUAAUGCCUGAAAUUAAUAAAUCCAACAACCGCAGAGUUAAUAUGAAACCACGAAAACAUGUUACGAUGAUUGAAAAUGCUAAUCCAAAACAAAUUGAAGCUUUAUAUCUAAACAAAAAAGUUAAAACCUUGUCUCAGACUUUAGAAACUAUUUAUGAGGAACCUAAGACUGAUAGUACUGAGAAGGAAACUUUUAUUGGCGGUAGGAAAGUAAAGAGACUGUUAACAUUCCAGUUAGGUAACCAGUACACUAAGGAAAAGAUAAAGAAACGCAGAGCAAAAAUUAAGAAAUUACUUGGUAACAAAUCAUUUUUGAACAGGAAGAAAAUACCUAUGCAAGUUUUUCUUAAAACUAUAGAAUGCCUAGAGUUGGAUGAAGUUGUGCAAGCAGAUACUAAUGUGUUGGGAGAAGGGAAGGUGUGACAUGUAUUUUGUUACCUCUGGUAAUUUACUUAAUAUCUGUAAUUGAAUCAGUUGUUGUAUGAAUGAUACAAAUAAUAUAAUCGUGAAUUUGCUUAAAA